CCUUGAAGGCCUACACACCUUUCCAAAGAUACCCUAGCUUUGUUCACUUUAUUCACAAUGCCUCUUUCCGGAAGCUGCAUGUGCGGAGCCAUCGCAUACAAGAGCACAAGUGACCCUGCUGUUACUGCUCUUUGCCAUUGCCUCGAUUGCCAAAAGUGGACGGGCGGCCCCUACACCACCAACGCCGUGGUCCCCGAAGACUCAUUCAGCGUCACCAAGGGAACCCCCAAGCACUGUGACAUAACUGGCGCCUCUGGAAAGAACAACCGCCACUUCUUCUGUCCCGACUGCGGCUCUAGCCUGUACACGCGCCUCGACGUCAUGCCCGGCAACAUCGUCAUCAAGGCGGGUGGUCUCGACGAGGGCAAGACGAAUCUCAACAAUAAGAUUGACGUCGAGUUUUACUGCCGCGAUCGGCUUGACUUUGUGAAGCCCAUUGAGGGCGCCAAGCAGGAGCAUCUGUUUGGUUAAGCAAGCUUCAUGAUCGGAUGUCGGUGUAUAGAUGGGUCGGGUGACUAGACUACGAUUGGCACGACGGUUCUAGCUGCAUCUGUAAAUAUCAACUUUGCUUUUUGCUCG